CAGUAAACAGCAGCUUGCUCGUUGUAAAUUUAGCAGUUCUCACUGUCAGCGCUUUCACUAAGCAAGCUCUCUCUCUCUCUGGAAAAAGACAUGAAACCCAGUUCCCAACUGCUGCUUCGUCACUGUUCAUAGCAUUCUUUUAUCUUGCUUUUCCACUACUUUUCCUUACUUUCUUCAGAAAAUCUAGCAAGGGUCUUAGCAACAGCAUAGGAAUGUAUAAAAACCAACUGCAAGAGUUGGCUCAAAGAAGCUGCUUCAAUCUGCCAUCUUAUUCUUGUAUAAGGGAAGGACCAGAUCAUGCUCCUCGAUUCAAAGCUACUGUCAAUUUCAAUGGAGAGACUUUUGAAAGCCCUGCCUUUUGCUCUACUCUGAGGCAGGCAGAACAUGCAGCUGCUGAGGUAGCACUCACCACACUUGCAAGCAGAGGUCCUUCCAGAGCAUUAGCUGCUAGAGUUUUGGAUGAAACUGGAGUCUACAAAAAUUUGCUUCAAGAGACUGCUCACAGAGCUGGCUUGAAACUUCCAGUGUAUACCACUGUACGUUCAGGGCCUGGCCAUGUUCCUGUUUUCUCAUGUACAGUUGAACUUGCAGGAAUGAACUUUACUGGGGAGCCAGCAAGGACCAAGAAACAAGCUCAGAAGAAUGCAGCAAUGGCUGCCUGGUCUGCCCUAAAAAGAUUGGUUCAACAUGGCUCAUCCUCCAGUUCAUCAUCUUCUUCUGUGGAGAAUAAAAAAGGAGGUGAAGAGCAAGAACAAGUUGUAAUUGCUCGUUUUCUCGCAUCUCUACAACCAUCAGAAUUAAAGAACUCAAAGCAAAGUGAUUGCCAUCGGGGAAAGGAGAAAUUUAUCCCUGUAUGCAAGGACUUGACCCCUCCAACACCAAGCUUAUAUCCUAUGCAGUGCCAGAACUGGGCAUAUCCUGGCUUUUCCCAUGAAAUGGCCAUAUACCAAAUGUGGCAACAAGAACAAUUGUUGCAGUUGCAAAGCCGUUUGUUGACGCUUCAUGUUCCACCAGCUCCUCCUCCUGGCCCUCAGAUUCUUCCAUAUAUGCAGUCUAUACUCCCUCAAGAUUCUCGUCUAUUUGUUCCUGUGAGAGAGCGGGAACCAGUACCUGUAGGUCCCAGAAUUACAAUUUCCACCUCAGGACCAUUAUUGUACUGCUCAGAUAAUGUGGCCUCUGAUCCAAUCAGGGAAAAGUCCAAAGUUACCAUUCAGGAAAUACACGAGGAGAAGAGUGAAGAAUUAUCCGAGUGCUCUCCAUCUUUGGUUCCAGAUCCUCCUGUUCUGAGCAACUUCAAUACUGAAGCGAGAUUUGAUGAUUCAAGUCAUGAGGAUGAAAAACCGAAAAGUGAUGCAAUAGAAAGCAAACUUGAAAAUGUUCAACUAGGAGGACACCAUACUGAGCAAUUCGAGAAGGCUUCCUUCAGGAGCAUGGCUUCAGGAUACACACAUGUAGACUUCAGAGUGCAAAGCCUACGUGGUUCCAACUCUUCCCAUUCUACUUCUCAAUAUCCCCGAAGAUCAAGUUUGACAAGUUGUAGACCACCUCUGUCUGUAGCACCUCCUGUAACAAUCAGAACCAUGGAGCCUAGACCAUCUUCAGCACCACCUGUAAGAAUCAGAAAUAUGGGACCUGUUUGUUCUGUUCCCAGAGCACGAGAUUUGGCAGCACAAGUUCCAGCUCCACCAAGAAUGAGAACUGGAGGUUCUUUGUAUUCAGGCAGACCCCAGCCUCAAAGAAUGGACUUUGGUGGAUUGCAUCCCUGUUCCAUGGCACCAGCAGUCCGAAUAAGAUCAGUCGUACCAGUCUGUUCAGCUCCACCAGCAAGGAAAAUGCCAACUGCUGGGCAAGAGGGAGCAUCACCUAGCAAAGAGAAGGAAGAUACAGUACCUGAAGAUGUCUCAGCGGCAAGUUCAGAACUUGGCAAACUUAGAACAUGAGCGCAGUAUAGACACUAGAAUUCAUCCUAUUCCUUCAUUUAGUGGUUAGUUUAUGCAGUUGAGUCUGUGGAGGUGUUUGGGCACCCAUGAUAUGUAAUCAUUAUAAAUGUGGAGCUGCUACAGAUAAUUUAUAUAUAAAUAUACAUUUGAAAGUCAUAUUCUUUAAAGUUAAUGAGGAUUGAUUUUUUUUCUCC